CUGUCUGGAGUAAGUUGAAUGCGCGCUGUUCCUCGCUAGAUCCAAAAUCCUACCAAAACAGUUGCAAUGGAAAGAAUCAGAAAAAGCCUAUCAAUUUUCGUCAUUGGUCCUUUAAUUUUUACCCUGGUUUGCGCACAAAGAGACCCUAGCAAUAUGCCUGUGGUCAAGGAUACGGUGGAUAGACUGAUGAAAGGAUACGAUAUUCGGUUGAGGCCAGAUUUUGGAGGUGCUCCGGUGGCAGUCGGGAUGAACAUAGACAUAGCCAGCAUAGACAUGGUAUCGGAGGUGAACAUGGACUACACCUUGACCAUGUACUUCCAGCAAGCGUGGCGAGACAAGCGCUUGUCUUACACCGAGAUUCCUCUCAACCUCACGCUGGAUAACCGUGUGGCCGACCAGCUUUGGGUCCCGGAUACGUACUUCCUCAACGACAAGAAGUCCUUUGUGCACGGAGUCACUGUCAAGAAUAGGAUGAUUCGUCUACAUCCGGAUGGAACCGUUCUUUAUGGAUUGAGGAUCACCACCACAGCAGCCUGUAUGAUGGACCUGCGCCGAUACCCUCUGGAUGAGCAGAACUGCACCCUGGAGAUAGAGAGCUAUGGCUACACCACGGACGACAUCGAGUUCUACUGGAGAGGCGGGGAUGGCGCCGUCUCUGGAGUGGAGCGAAUCGAGCUGCCACAGUUCUCCAUCGUGGACUACAAACUCACCUCCACCAACGUGGUGUUCUCCACAGGCUCCUACCCUCGGCUGUCGCUGAGCUUCAAGCUGAAGAGGAACAUCGGCUACUUCAUCCUGCAGACGUACAUGCCCUCCAUCCUGAUCACCAUCCUCUCAUGGGUCUCCUUCUGGAUCAACUACGACGCCUCGGCUGCCAGAGUCGCCUUAGGUAUCACCACGGUGCUCACCAUGACUACCAUCAACACACAUUUGAGGGAGACCCUUCCCAAGAUCCCCUAUGUGAAGGCCAUCGACAUGUACCUGAUGGGCUGUUUUGUCUUCGUCUUCUUGGCCCUGCUGGAGUACGCCUUCGUCAACUACAUCUUCUUCGGGCGGGGGCCGCAAAGGCAGAAGAAGGCAGCGGAAAAAGCUGCCUUGGCCAACAACGAGAAGAUGAGGCCUGACCCCAAUAAGUGGUUGAUGGGCAAUGUAGCUCAGAGAGACGAUGCUCUGUAUGCCCGAAUGAAACAGAGGGAAAUUGACGCAUAUGACUCGAUGUGGGAUCCGAUCUUUGCAGAGGACCCGGCAUUAGGACUAGGCGAGCAAAGAAAUAAGAUGAACCCGGACGACAACAUCCUGCUCGGCACACUGGAGAUGAAGAACGAGAUGGUGUCGUCAGACCUGUCGCGCGCGCUGGCCGGUGGAGGUGGCGCCGACCCACGCAGCACCAUGCUGGCGUACGACAGUUCCACCCUGCAGUACCGCCGCGCCGCGCUGGCCCGCCAGAACUACGGGCACGGCGCGCUGGAGCGCCACGCCACCAAAAAGAGCCGCCUCCGUCGGCGGGCCUCCCAGCUUAAGGUCAACAUCCCCGACCUGUCCGAUGUCAACUCCAUCGACAAGUGGUCUCGGAUGAUCUUCCCCUCCGUCUUCUCCCUCUUUAACGUAGUCUACUGGCUUUACUACGUCCACUAAGAGGAGUAGGAGGAGUUGUGCGGUUUGGGGCUGAACUGAGAAAUUUUGUGUGUGUGUGUGUGGGUGUGGGUGCGUGUGUGUGUGAUGUGGGUACGUGUGUGUUUGUGUGUGUGUGUGUGUGUGUGUGUGUGUGUGUGUGUGUGUGUGUGUGUGUGUGUGUGGUGUGGCCGGGGGGAUGCAACAAAAGGAAAAACGAAAAAGAACAGUGCACUGAAGUUUUGUUUUUCUUUUUCCCGUUUUUUGUUUUGUUUUUCUUUUUUUGGGUUUUUUGGUUUUUUUUUGCUUAUUGUUUUAAAAAUGACAAUAAUGAUGAGAAAUCAAAACAAUGUUAACAGCGACGAUGAUGAAGGAGGAAAGACACUUUUGGAAGAAAGGAUCUGACAGCAGGAGUUGGGAUUAAACGAAUUUAUCCUGAGAAUGCUGGAAUGACUGACGGAGCGUGUGGAUAAAGUGGAAAAGCGAGAUUUUAAAGACAUGCGAUAUUGCCCAGCCUGUUCCAGAGUUCCAGUAUAUCACGUAUAUUUGUCAUUCGUAGCAUAUUCUGUGGUUCAAAUAUUUAUGCUUGUGUUUGCAUAUACUUUUAAAACUUUGUUUUUCGGUUUAGUAUACCUAUUUACUUCGUAGCCAAGCCAACUGCAUCCAGGAAAGGUUACUAGCUGAUUUUUUUUUAAAGGGGACCUCCUUGAAAGCCUUUUUUUCCUAUAGUCGCUAUAUAUCAAACAUCUUUUUGAAAAGCAUGCUUCGGUUUGAUAUAAUUUAAAUCUCGGUUAUUGAGAUGGAGCACAAUGCAUUUUUAAUUUUAACUAGUUUUGAGAAAAAAAAGAGAUUUUAUUCUUUCACAUGAGUUCUUUCAAAUUCCAUGCAGAUCACUGCCUCAGAGCCCAAUGACAAACGGGUCGGAGUCUGAGAAACGUUUGGUUUUUAGCAGAGUGACAUGUUUAAAGACCGACGAGAAGAACUCUUUGCCAUUGGCCGCCUGACUCUCCAUGGCAUUUUUACUGGACAGGAGACAUCAAGCUAUGGAAAUGCUGGACAUAAAUGACCCUCACACUGAUAAACAAAGCACUGCCCGGACUUUAAAUUGGCACCUCUCCCACCCUCCCUCCAUCCCUCCCUCCGCGUUUGGACUCGUAGUCCAGUUGGGCUUCUCCAGAACGUUAGUCCCUUUUUUUGGCCAAUUGUAAUGAUUUGAAUCUAUCGCUGCAGUCCUUAUCUCUCUUCUGUACAAAAAAAAAAAUACAUCCCAGUGUUUGGCGUGCACCUGAGGCCUCUCAUGGCUGCCCUGUCAUCUUCUCCAGUGUGUCAUCUUUCACAUCGUGCUACACACAGCUGGAAACAGACACGGAGGAAUUGUGUUAUCGGCCUUUGACCAUGCCAAAGCACAGGCCAAGAAGGUGUGUUGGUAUCGACUGUAAACCAUUGUCAUGAUCGAUAGAUUUAAGUUUCAUAACCAUAGAUGAUGUUUAAAAAAAGAUACACAAUUUUAUAAUUAUAUAGGUAUUCUCAAAUGUUAAUGUAAUUAAUCAUUAUUUAAAGGUAUUUUUUUGUGUAUUAGGUUUCUAAAUGUUGGCUACUUCGGUUUAAAAAGGGAACUAAGUACAGUAUUCUCAUCAACCAACACCGAGAACAUUUUUUCCAAGGCCUCAAAGAGCACAUAUAUGUACAUGAAAAAUAUAAGAUUUAUCUAAUACUGAGUUUAUGUGUAAAUAGAUCUUAACCCACUCAAAUUACCAUCACAAAAUAUGACAGCAUCAGGAUUCUAUAAUCAAGACAUCUGUCAAACAUUUUUUGUAUAAACUCCUGUAAAUUAUAACAAUAUUUCAUAAUGACCUGUAAAUAUAUCUUAUGUAAUGAUUGUCAACAAUUACAAAAAAUGUAUCUAAAUUAAAUUA